UAAGAUGGACAACUCAAAAACAAAAAUCGGAAAAGAUCAAUGAGAAUGAGAGACGGAAAAUAUUAAAAAGGUUGGAUGUUUGAGUUGUUGGAUUGAUCGGUGACGACAGUGAGUCUAAUUUUGAGCGGCAGAGAAGAAACAAGUCAUCCAAUUGUUAUCUCAGCAUGGCGGGACGAAAUCACCAGCGCCACGCCGACGAUACGGCCGACCUCCGGCCCCGUCGCCGUCUCACUCCGACCGAUGUCCGUCUAAUCGAGGAGCGCAUCGCCGCCCGGAGCCGGGAGAUCCAAACUCUCCUUCUGGACAAUCAGCGGCUUGCUGCCUCCCACGUGGCGCUCAAGCAGGAUGUCGUCGCCGCCCAGCAGGACCUCCACCGCCUCUCCGCCACCGCCUCCUCCGUCAAGGCCGAGAGGGAUGCUCACGUGCGAGAGGUCUACGAGCGCUCCGUCAAAUUGGAGGCCGAGGCUCGCUCCGCAGACGGCCGCUCCGCCGAGCUAGACCGGGUUAGGGCUGAAAUUAAGGACCUCAGGGCCGAGCGCGAGCAAUUAUCGGAGAAGUUGAAGGAAAUCCAAGACGAUUUAGCGAGGUCUCACCCCGAGCAGCAAGAAUUCUCUGACCUUAAGACUGAUAUUGAGGCGUUGCAUAGAGAAAUUCGAAAAGGAAGGGCUGCGGUUGAAUAUGAAAGGAAGAUGCAGUCCACCAACUCUGAACUUAGUGAAGUAAUGGAGAAACACCUGAUAUCUAUGGCUCGUGAGGCAGAAAAAUUACGUUCUGAACUUGCAAAUGCUGAGAAGAGAGCUAUGGCGGCCAUUGCAGGUGCAGGCACAGCUGCCAACCCAGGUCCUGGAUAUGCUAUUCACCAGAGUUUUCUUGAACCUGGAUUUGGCGGAAAUUCAUUGUCUGAUCAUCAUGCUGUUCAUCAGGUUAAUACCCCGUUGCUUUGUAAGCCUCUAGCUGAGGUCACUCGCGGAUGCUCCUCUAUAGUGAUUGCUUUGCAUUUUUACUCAAGUAAUCUAUGUUUGUAAUUAUUUUUUAUUUGUUUUGCUGAACAGGGUCUGAAUUAUGUGUAUGGAGGGCCCCAUAUUCCUUAUGGCCAGUAUGACUUGCAAAGAUAGCAAGCUGUAGUUAAGCCAUGAAUGCAAACUUCAGGGGCUAAACCGAUGAACGGUCUACCUCCUUCAUCAGGUUAAAUUGAGAUCAAAAAUGGCUUCCAAGUUGUAGUAUGACACGAUUAAUCUGCACCAGAGAACUCCACUGAAUUCAGUAGCACACAAUGGCGCUACUUAGAAGAAUCGAGGAGUUCCUUUUCUAACUCGAGAAACUUUAAUAUUAUAGGUAUGUUCUUUCUCUUUGACGAAAUGUAUAUUUGGCUUGAUAUUUCUUGCCAGUGAGAACCUUGCUUAUCUUAUGAUUCUAACCGGACGUUGUAUUGCAUGGUUUGGGUGUCUGGUAUCAAUUGAGCCUCCCAUUUUCUC